CCCUCUCUCUCUCUCUCUCUCUCUCUCUCUCUUUCUCUCUCUCCCCUCUCAAUCUCACUCUCUCUCCUCCCCACCCCACUUGACACACACCUAUACGUACGAAAACACCUCGACCAGAGAAAAACAUACAUUCAAACACUGCCGCCGCCGCCACCACCUGUAGCAUCACCGCCAGCACCACCCAAAUAUGGCCACGUCAGCAUCGCAAACCCUCCGCUCCCCAUUUUUACGGAACCCCGCCCUCUCUCUCUCCUCCAAGCCCUCCCUCUCCGCUUUCUCAGUUACUCCCGCCUCGCGCCGCGGGGCCCCUCCGCGGCUGGUCGUGGUGCUGUCUGCUGCGAACCUCGACGCCAAGCCCACCGUCCUCGUCUCCGAGAAGCUCGGAGAGCCCGGAAUCAACCUCCUCAAGCAGUUCGCCAAUGUCGACUGCUCCUACAAUCUCAGUCCCGAGGAGCUCUGCACCAAGAUCUCGCUCUGCGACGCGUUGAUCGUGCGGAGCGGGACCAAGGUCACCCGCGAGGUGUUCGAGUCCUCUGGCGGGAGGUUGAAGGUUGUGGGAAGAGCCGGCGUCGGCAUCGACAACGUGGAUCUAGCUGCGGCGACUGAGUUCGGGUGCUUGGUAGUGAACGCUCCCACGGCCAACACUGUUGCUGCUGCCGAGCACGGGAUUGCUCUCUUGACCGCGAUGGCUCGCAACGUCGCUCAGGCCGACGCGUCUGUGAAAGCUGGGAAAUGGGAAAGGAACAAGUAUGUGGGUGUUUCCCUUGUUGGGAAGACCUUAGCCGUGAUGGGGUUCGGGAAAGUUGGAUCUGAAGUGGCUCGGCGUGCCAAGGGGCUCGGUAUGCACGUGAUUGCCCACGACCCAUAUGCUCCGGCGGAUCGUGCCCGUGCCAUUGGUGUGGAGCUUGUAAGCUUCGAUGAGGCUUUGGCUACCUCCGAUUUCAUAUCUUUGCACAUGCCUCUUACUCCCGCCACCGCGAAGGUUCUCAAUGAUGACACUUUUGCCAAGAUGAAGAAGGGGGUACGAAUUGUGAACGUCGCUCGUGGUGGUGUCAUUGAUGAGGAUGCACUUGUCAGGGCGCUCGAUACCGGAGUCGUUGCUCAGGCUGCUCUCGAUGUGUUCACGGUGGAGCCACCGCCACAGGGCAACAAGUUGGUGUUGCACGAGAGAGUUACCGCCACUCCUCACCUCGGUGCCAGUACCAUGGAAGCACAGGAAGGCGUGGCCGUUGAAAUUGCUGAAGCCGUCGUUGGAGCCUUGAAAGGAGAGCUUGCUGCUACCGCAGUCAAUGCACCAAUGGUUCCUGCUGAGGUUUUGACAGAACUGAAGCCUUAUGUUGUACUUGCUGAGAAGCUAGGGAGACUGGCAGUCCAGUUAGUGGCAGGAGGUAGUGGCGUGAAAACUGUCAAGGUCUCAUAUGCUUCAGCUAGGGCUCCUGAUGACCUUGACACUAGGUUGCUCCGAGCCAUGAUUACGAAGGGCCUCAUUGAGCCCAUAUCCAGCGUUUUCGUGAAUCUGGUUAAUGCAGAUUUCACUGCCAAACAGAGAGGACUUAGGAUAACAGAAGAGCGAACCAUUCUUGAUGGUUCGCCUGAGAAUCCACUUGACUCAAUCCAAGUUCAGAUUGCCAACGUGGAAUCCAAAUUUGCCAGUGCGAUCUCAGAGAGCGGAGAGAUCAAGGUGGAGGGUAGGGUUAAGGAUGGGGUUCCUCACUUGACGAAGGUUGGAUCAUUCGAAGUUGAUGUGAGCUUGGAAGGUAGCAUCAUCCUCUGCAGACAGGUUGAUCAGCCAGGUAUGAUAGGACAGGUUGGAAGCAUUUUGGGAGAGGAGAAUGUGAAUGUCAGUUUCAUGAGUGUUGGAAGGAUUGCCCCGCGAAAGCAGGCUGUGAUGGCAAUCGGGGUGGAUGACCAACCCAGCAAGCAAUCUUUGAAAAGGAUUGGGGAUGUUCAAGCCAUUGAAGAGUUCGUUUUCCUCAAGUUGUAGACUGCCUUUUCCUUAUGUUUUGCUUUCCGUUAGGUGGCGUGGCUACAUCUUACCUGCCCGAUUUUGGAAAUCCGUAUGAUUUGUGUUAGAUUUAGGUGAGAACGAAGAAUAAUUCAGUUUGCGAUGAUCAUGUGUGUACCCUGUAUUGCUUUCAUAUCGCAUUUGAAGUUGGGAUUGUUUAUUUCUGUGCAA